CGGUUGAUUCCUGCCCAUUUCAAACAUGGCGGCGGCCGCUCUCGCCUGUUGAGGAGCUUCCCGCGGCCUCUUUGCCCACUCUAAAGAUGGCGGCGGCCGCGGCGAGCCUGAGGCGAGCGGGCUGGGGGCUGCUGCGCUGCCAGGCGGUCAUCAGACGCCAGCUGUACCCAGCCCAGCGUGCCCUCCAUGCUGCCACUGUGUGGAGGAGAACUUCAGAGGAGCCAAAACAGCAGCCUUCUGCCCAGCAGCCUUCAGCAUCCGAGCCAGUGGGGGAACAGCAUGAUCAAGAGCCUCCGUAUUCACGCCCCAGUUACACUGAUCAGGGCGGUGAAGAAUCAGAAGGCUAUGAAAGUGAGGAGCAGCUGCAGCAUCGGAUCCUGACAGCAGCUCUGGAGUUUGUGCCAACCCAUGGCUGGACGGCGGACGCAAUUGCUGAGGGUGCCAAGUCACUGGGUCUCUCUGUUGCCGCAGCAGGGCUCUUUCAGAACGACAGCAGCGAACUGAUCCUCCACUUUGUGUCCCAGUGCAAUUCCCAGCUCUCCGAACUUCUGGAGGAGCAGCACAAGCUGGUGCAGCUGGGGCAGGCAGAGAAGAAGAAGACAGACCAGUUUUUAAGGGAUGCUGUGGAAGCCAGACUGCGGAUGCUGAUUCCAUAUAUUGAGAAAUGGCCCCAGGCGAUCAGUGUGUUGUUGCUGCCACGCAAUAUCCCAGCUAGCCUGAACCUCCUCACAAGCAUGGUGGAUGACAUGUGGCACUACGCAGGGGACCAAUCCACUGAUCUUAAUUGGUAUACCCGCCGGGCAGUGCUGGCUGGCAUUUACAACACUACAGAGCUGGUGAUGCUUCAGGACUCUUCUCCUGACUUUGAGGAGACCUGGUCCUUCCUAGAAAACCGAGUUGCCGAUGCCAUGAACAUGGGUCACACAGCGAAGCAGGUGCAGGCGACAGGAGCAGCGCUCGUCCAGGGACUCAUGGGUGCCGCUGUGACUAUAAAGAAUCUCACAGGACUAAGCCAGCGUUGAUGAAGCAGAAGAGCUGCGAGGCCUAUUAAAUGGGACACAGAGUGCCGAAAUCUUAUUCUAAGAACACUUAACUGUCACACAUCUUUUAGUGCUAUUAAAGCACAUGACACAGUUCAUCAA